AUGAAUGAUUCAGAGGAAGAUUUGGUGGCGGGGUGGCAGGCAGAAGCAGAUGAUUUCAAGAGAAAGAUUGUGGAGGGUUGGCAGGAGAACAAGCUAGAGGAUUCAGAGAAGAUUGGUGGAGUGGCAGGAGAAGCAGAGGAUUCAGAGAAGAUUGGAGAAGCAGAGGAUUCAGAGAAGAUUGGUGGAGUGGCAGGAGGAGCAGAGGAUUCAGAGAAGAUUGGUGGGGUGGCAGGAGAAGCAAAGGAUUCAGAGAAGAUUGGUGGAGUGGCAGGAGAAGCAAAGGAUUCAGAGAAGAUUGGUGGAGUGGCAGGAGAAGCAGAGGAUUCAGAGAAGAUUGGUGGAGUGGCAGGAGAAGCAGAGGGUUCAGAGAAGAUUGGUGGAGUGGUAGGAGAAGCAAAGGAUUCAGAGAAGAUUGGUGGAGUGGCAGGAGAAGCAGAGGAUUCAGAGAAGAUUGGGACGGCGGGCGACGGCCACCAUGGGUCCCGGGAACAGGCAGGCGAGGCCUGCCACGGGUCACAGGAACGGGCGGGCGAGCCUACCCACGGGUCCCUUGGAACGGCCGGCAAGGCCCGCCACGGGUCAUGGGAAGGGGCGGACGAAGCCUGCCACGGGUCCCGGGAACGGGCAAGCGAGCCUCGCCACGGGUCCCGGGUAAACGGGCGGGCGGGGGCCCGCCACGGUCCCAGGAACGGGCAAGGCAUGGCCCGCCAGGCGUCCCGGGACGGGCGGGCAAGGCCUGCCAGGCUUCCCGGGAAGGGCGGGCGAGGCCCGUCAGGCGUCCCCCGGGACAGGCGGGGACGAUGCCCCGGCCAGGCUUCCUGGCAACUGGGCCGGCGAGGCCAGCCAAGGCGUCCCAGGGACGGGCGGCAAGACCCGUCAGGCGUCACGGGACGGGUGGGCAAGGCCCGCCAGGCUUCCCGGGAAGGGCGGGCGAGGCCCGCCAGGCAUCCCGGGACGGGCGGGCGUGGCCAGCCAGGCUUCCCGUGA